GAUGGCAAAGAAAACAACAAAAAGAAAAGCCGCAGAAGAGAAAAAGGAAAUUGUUGUGAAAUCCAAGGAGGAAUUAAGUGAAGAAGCUGAAGACAGCAGCGAAGAAGAGGAUGAGGAUUUAUUACAGAAAGUCAAUGAGGCUGAUGGUGACAGCACCGAUGAUGAGGGUAUAGAACAGAAUUAUCAUUCAGACGAUAGUGUCUUGGAAUUUGAAAGUGAUGAUGAUGGUAACUUCACGGGAAUCAAAGCCAAAGAGGCUGGUGAAGAUGAUGGGGAGGAGGAAAGUGGAGACGAGGACGACGAUGAUGAUGAAGAUAGCAUAGAUGAGGCAGAUAUUGAGGAUAUAUCUGGCGAAGAAGAGGAGGAAGAUGCAGAUGAUGAGGAUGACGAUGAUGCUGAAGAGGAGGAUAGUGAAGAUGAAGUACAAACUCUAAAAGAAAAAGCUAAAGACAACAAUGACAAAGAACCAAUUUAUGAAAAUUCCGAUACAUCCGAUGAAGAAGAUAUUAGGAACACUGUGGGCAACAUACCUAUGCAUUGGUACGAUGAGUACAAACACAUUGGCUACGAUUGGGAUGCCAAGAAAAUCAUUAAACCUCCAAAGGGUGAUCAAAUCGAUGACUUCUUGCGUAAAAUUGAAGAUCCUAACUUCUGGAGAACUGUUAAGGAUCCACAGACAGGACAAGAAGUGGUACUAACCGAUGCCGAUAUUGAAUUGAUUAAACGUAUAAACUCCUCACGUAUUCCAAAUCCUGAACACAACGAAUAUGAGCCAUGGAUUGAAUGGUUCACCUCGGAAGUUGAGAAAAUGCCCAUUAAAAAUGUACCCGACCACAAAAGAUCUUUCCUUCCAUCCGUGUCUGAGAAGAAGAAAAUUGGUCGUAUGGUACAUGCCCUUAAAAUGGGUUGGAUGAAGACCAUGGACGAGUUGGAAAAGGAAAAACAAGCUAAACGUGGACCCAAAUUCUACAUGCUGUGGGAAACUGAUACAAGUCGUGAACAGAUGAGACGUAUACAUGAUCCAGUUUCGGCACCUAAACGUGAUUUGCCUGGCCAUGCAGAAUCGUACAAUCCACCACCUGAGUAUUUGUUCGACGAAAAGGAACAGAAAGAAUGGUUGAAACUGAAAGAUGAACCUCACAAGCGUAAACUUCAUUUUAUGCCACAGAAAUAUCGUUCACUGCGUGAGGUACCAGCUUAUCCACGUUAUUUGCGUGAACGUUUCUUGCGUUGUUUGGAUCUGUAUUUGUGUCCCAGAACAAGACGUGUCAAGCUAAACAUUGAUGCUGAAUAUUUGAUACCCAAAUUACCAUCACCCAAGGAUCUACAGCCGUUCCCCACAGUUGAAAGUUUGGUUUACAAGGGCCAUACAGAUUUGGUGCGUUCCGUCAGUGUGGAACCCAAAGGAGAAUAUAUGGUAUCUGGUUCCGAUGAUAAGACAGUUAAAAUUUGGGAAAUUGCCACUGGUCGUUGUAUACGCACCAUUGAAACCGAUGAUGUUGUCCGUUGUGUCGCAUGGUGUCCCAAUCCUAAACUGGCCAUUAUUGCUGUUGCCUCGGGCAAUCGUCUAUUGCUAAUAAAUCCCAAAGUUGGUGAUAAAAUGUUGGUCAAGAAAACUGAUGAUUUAUUAGCUGAAGCUCCACAAAUCGAUAGCUUGGAAAGUGAUCGUAUCAAGACAGCUGUCCAAUGGGCUACCGCUGACGCAGCAGAACAGGAGAAGGGUGUCCGUUUGGUUAUUACACACUUCAAACCAAUUCGUCAGGUCACUUGGCAUGGUCGUGGUGAUUACAUUGCCAGUGUAAUGCCCGAGGGUGCCAAUCGUUCAGCCAUCAUCCAUCAACUUUCUAAACGUCGAUCACAAAUACCAUUCGCCAAGAGUAAGGGUCUUAUCCAGUGUGUAUUGUUCCAUCCGAUUAAACCAUGUCUAUUUGUGGCGACCCAACACAAUGUCCGCAUCUAUGAUUUGGUUAAACAAGAACUCAUCAAGAAAUUGCUUACCAACUCCAAAUGGAUUUCUGGCAUGUCCAUACAUCCUAAAGGUGAUAAUUUAUUAGUCUCAACCUAUGACAAGAAAAUAUUGUGGUUUGAUUUGGAUCUUUCGACGAAACCAUACCAAACAAUGCGUCUUCAUAAGAAUGCUGUGCGUAGUGUGGCCUUCCAUUUGCGUUAUCCUCUAUUUGCCUCGGCCAGUGAUGAUCAAUCGGUUAUUGUUUCACAUGGCAUGGUGUAUAAUGAUUUACUUCAAAAUCCCUUGAUUGUACCUCUGAAGAAGCUACAAACUCACGAAAAGGUAGAAGAAUUUGGUGUUUUAGAUGUGUGCUGGCAUCCAGUACAGCCCUGGAUAUUCUCUACUGGUGCAGAUCAAACUAUUAGGCUUUACACAUAAUUUUAAU